AUGGAACCCGACCCUUCCUUGCAGCCACGAAAGGAGACCCAUGGUGGCCAGCACCACGUCGGUGUGUCGAAUUCAAGGCGUCGAGCCAGUGACCCAGGGCUGUUCAGAAUAUGCACUCCUCUGUCCUGCGGUGAUGCGGGCCAUGGCCACCUUUCAAACGAAGCAGUCGGAGCUCCCAAUAUAUUUCACAAUUUACCUGAGAACGUCAUCGAACGCAUUCUAUAUGCCGUGGAUCCUAAUGUCUUUGCUUCUCUCGCGGUACUUAACAGGAAAUGGAGAUGCGUCUCUGCUUCCUCAAAGCUCUAUUAUCACCAUCUGCUGGCAUGCCGUGUUUCGGGUUCCGCAAGUCAGGAUCCUGCUGCUGGAUUGUCGCCAUCCGAUAAUCUCAACGUUGUAAGAAGUAGAUUCUUACGUGAGGCUAGAAGAAAUACUUUCGAAGUGUUUCUCAGGCCAAAGCGCACCUUAGUCAAUUUGAUUUCAGCUUCAGCCAAUUCGUCUUCCGCAUUUCCGCAAGGUGAGGCUUUUCGAUUUGAAUUUUCUACCAGCGGACGUGAGCUCCUAGCAUUGAGCUCCUCCCGGAUUUUUGUCAUUGAGCUAGCUACAGAUCCGAUUUCCAUACGUUAUGAGCUGAAACCUCUACGGCGUCCUCUCACAGCUACAAUAGCUGGCGAUGGCCGGAUGUUGGCCGUAGCAUGUUCUGAACUUCAGGCACACAUAUAUACGCUUGCGAAUGGCUGCCCAGAUUUAAUACAGAGCAUUGUGUUGAACGAAAAUCCGCGUACACUUGCUUUCUCACCAGAUGCCGCUGUUCUUGCCAUCGCUUACAGUGGGGGUAUUGAAGUACACGAAAUUGGGGAAAACGUGCUACCAACGGCCCACAGAGCAGCCCGAUGUCAGGGUAUCCAAUCUUUGACGUUCUGUCACGAAGGAUCAAUGCUACUUGGAACUUCAAACGACUUUCGAAAUUCUAAUUUAACUAUAAUCUCACCGGCAUUAUGUAUAGAUCCAGAUCCUAAUCUCACAAUGCGUGAACUAGAAAAUCGAAUGUGGACGUCACAAAUACUAUUCCCCCAAGUGCAUACCGGCAACAGCCAUGCGGUGCUACUUCCGUCUAUAAGAGGUGAUAACGGCUCACCGCUACUUGUUGGGUACCAUGUUGAAUCAAAAGCUUUUCGACUCGCUUCAAUCGAUGAUCCAAACACGAGUACGAUAUACUUCGUAGGGCCGGGACCUGACAUCGAAAGAGAUGAGCCGAAACCAUCAUUUUUACCCACUGCUUGUGCAAGUGGAGAACAUUUAGCUGCAGGGUUCUAUGAAUCUGAGCUAUGGAUUUAUGGUAUUCCUAACCUAGAGGAUCGCGAAAUAACCAAUCCGUCGGUCCAAAGUGCGCCUAAUAUAGAAAAGGAACCCCCCUGGCAAUCAAACCUGGCACCUACAAAUUUCAACCGGAUCAAGAAAACAAUUGAAGGGACGAAAUUCUUCGUUCAUGGCUCUCCCUUGCGACUACCAGAGGGGGUGUCCGGCAUCAAAUGGGUUCAGGGCUCUGGUUCUGACCACAUGGACGCGUUCGAGACCAGCCGCCUGGUGGCUGUCGCUCCUGGUGGUGUAAGAUCAUGGUUAGGAUCAUCAACAGGAGAUACUUUACCUAUUGAUGGAGGGAGGAUUUUGGUUCUUGAUUUUGCAUACUCCUUAUCGAACGGUCGAGAAGCUGAACUUACGAUCGAGGUAGGCGAAGCAGAGCCAAUCCAGUUACCCGAGCCUGGUUCAAAUCUGGAUCAACAAGUUGAGCUUGAGAGAAGGAGAUCGCGUAUGAAUCGUAUUGGUGGCCUUGGAGACCCCCGAACUUGCAACAUCCCUUUACCAGAGCCACGAAUUCAUUAUCGACAAACUACUGCGUCCUCUAACCGAAGAGGGGCCCAAAAUAUUCACCUCCUGGAAAAUCCGUACAAUAACUCGUCACCGAGAUCUCAUGAUACUCUAAGCAGAGCAGCAACGGCGGCAGCCAAUCACCUCGAUCCACGGUACGAGAACGCCCGGCAGAUACAGAUUGAUACCAGUCGAUCUGUAGCACCUUUACCACAGGAAAGUGAUGGAGACAACUGGUCACCGCCCCCGCCACCGUAUACUCCUAACGCCGAGUCUCCACUACCAGAGCAUCUUCAAAGGACCCUCAUGCCUCCCGCCACAGAUCCGACUCUGGGAAAUGAGGCAAGCAACUUUCGACUAAGGCGAUCAAGGACAUCGCGCUUGGCACAGGCGGUGAUCCAUCGCUCUUCUACAUGGGCAAGCCGUGAUUCAAGUUCUCAAAUAGCGAAUUUUCAGCUCGAGAACGCGCCGUUGGUUUCCCGGCGAGAGCUGCUGCAGCUACCCAGUUUGAACACGAAUCAACCCUCAGCAGACUGGCCUUCCCAGACUCAAAGUGCCACGUUACCAUCGCUAGAUCCGGUCUCUGCUUUUCCGAGAACAUACAGCUCUACGAAUUCGAGGGCUCCGCAGUUCCCCGCCAUGUAUGAGGAAUCUAUUAGCCGUGCGCCAAUGAACCAACUUCAUUCGGAAAACAUUCUCAAUACUGACCCCCCAGUACCCGUACUGAAUGCGGCCCAGGCUCCUCUUGCACCACUUGUGGUGCCUCCUACACCUGAAAUACUCCCAAUAUCCAGGUUUUCACCAGAUACGCCACCACUUCGAGGCUCCCCCGAGAACGCUGAAUCUCGCAGGAGCUGGUAUACUGUUCAGCCACAGGUAGUACCUUUGGUCGAAAACCCUGCUCGUCCCCUGACACCAUUCCACGAUCAGGCAGUUCCCAGUGGUUUGCGGACUCACUCUCACAACGACCAUCAUGCAGGCCCAGAGCAUGCUCUAGGUGGCCGCGAUCAUAGAUCCCAAAGGUCCCGGUCGCGCUCGCAUCGACCGCUACCCUUAACAAAUCAUGGCCUUCGUGAUAGACACACCGGGCGGAUAAUCCUUAGUUCACCAUCAGAGACCAGGAUAAAUGAAACCACCCCGGCGGGCGAGUGGUUAGAACCAGGAAAUAGUCGAAAAAAGGAGGGGAAAUGUAUUAUGAUGUGA